CCUUUUAACCAAAUGGUGGUCUCCUGCACAUGUUGAUGCAUCUCUCUUUAAAAAGUAAUUAACAAACUUCUUUCAACCACACACUUUACUAAACAGUCAGAAUAAGUCUGCAAUCCACUGUCAGGCCACAGCCCACCAGUUGAGAAACUAACCAUACAUGAUUGGAGAACUGGGUGUACUACAACAGGUGAUAUUUUGGAGUUUUGAUGUGCAGUAUUCAUUGCAAUUUAAACAUUUCAGAUGAAAAAACAUGAUUUAUUGAAUUAAUGAAAUAUUACCAGUUCCUCUUUGUAACAAUUGGUACCAAAUUCUUGCACAAAAAUGCAGAUGGUGAAAAAUUCUUGAGGAUAUCAUCACCCUGAAGAAUAUACUAAGCACAUAUUUAACCAUAUGAUUUAUGUGGAACAUAUACCGUAUAUGAUUUAUAUUUGCAUUUUUGAACAACUUCAGAUGUUCUCCAGUAAAGGAAGGAGACCUGGAUUGCAUUACUAAUCCAAAUACACAGUGUUCAGUGGCCACCAAAGCACAUCAAAUGAAGAACAGCUAUCGCAACUCAUGUGUUAAGAAAAAAAAACAUGAAUUGGUGGCUUGAAUGAAAUUGAGAGGCUCUGGAGCUGGAAGGUAUAUAGUUCAGCUGCUUGGAAGGUAAAGUUCAGAGAGCAGCGGAGCCAGAAAUCAUAUGUGGCAAGUGGUUAGGAGUCAAGGAGGUAGAAAGAAGGAAGGUCAAGGGAAAAUCAAGAGAUCUGCAUGUUCCAUUAGAGGUCUUUGGGUUAGGAGAUAGAGCAGCUACGAGGUACUGUAAGUAGAUUAAUGUGAAAGAAGGGAAUUGGGAGUUCAAGUCUAUGGAAAGGAGAAGUUCUGCCUGCUCUAUCAAUUACAUUUCUGGAAUGUGUCUCAGGAGGCGUGGCUAUCUGAGACAGAGGAGGGUUUAACCAGACUGACUGAUAGAAUAAACAGACCAGAAGUGGGAGGUUUGGGGUAACAUCUGGGGUUCUGGGAUAGAGAUUGCUGAGUAGGGAGCCCAAAUAAUGAGACUAAAAAGAGAAAAAAGGGGAGAGCAGUAGCAAAGACAGGAUAAGAAAAGGGAGGAGAAGAUUGGAGAGGCAAGAAUGAAGAGGAGGGACGAGGGGGAUGAAAGAACGACAAGAAAAAUGAGAGACGGGGGCAAAAUUAGAGGGUGAACUGAGAAUCUAAAGUUGAAAGGCGAGGACGAUGGGGGUAGUCCAAGAAUAAGAAAAACAGGGGGAGACGGGAGGAGGAGAAGGAGGUGGGGUGGGGUGGGGGGGCAAUCCUAGUAGGAACCAAAAGGCACUUUAGGUUCUCCAGGAUCCUGAGGUUUUGGUAUUUGUUUCGAUCGCUAGUUCCGAUGGAUGUUACAUAACAGAAAAAAAGACUGCUGAAUAGUUAGACUGUAUAUAAUCUGCCUGCCAAAACCAACAUGCCACAGCCAGCCACUCAUCUGCUGUACACAGACAGAACACAAGCUUGGACGCGACACAAGCUAAUAACUGAUUCCCCUACUCAAACAGCAUGACUUUUCCAUCUCAUCAUUCUGUGUAAAAAAUAAAACACUGCAGUGGUUUUUUGCUGUCAUUUUCAAGUUUGCAUAAAACCAUCAUUCCGCACCAGGCCUAAAAGCUUUUUGACACUGACGAUGCAGCAGGUCACACGUGUCUUUGAUCACACUUUGACGAGCUUUAAAGUGAACAUCUAUUGUUUGCUCAAGCACUUUUCCACUUACGAUGGUUUGUACAACAUGUCAACUGUUCAGCCUGUUUGUGUGCGGUAAACCUUAAUCUACACAGUCUCACCCAACUGUUUGCUGCUUUUAUUCCCGUCAAGGAAUGAACCCAGCUAUUGGCGUUUUAAAAUAUUCUUUGGCCCCACUCACUGCGUAGCAUUAAUAAAGAAGGAAAAAAAAAGGACCAUAUUUUUCUUUGGAAAAAUUAAAAAAAAAACUCUGACUUUUCACCAGAGGACCAGCCAUUCAUGGUGGAUGGAUCAUGUGACAGCAGUGGAGGUACCCCAAGUCUGUACUCCUGCUCCUGAGCUACUGAGAGGUCAGGCUGAUGCACAUCUGGCAUUUCCUGUUUCCUCUCCUCCAUAUGCCCCGAAGUGGUAGCCACACACACAGUAAAGCACACUUAUGCAUACAAUUGAACAUCUGUACCCACACAGUUAUUGUAUAACAGCAUAAGAAUGAGCACUUUCAUGCAUAGUCCAGCAGGUAUUACUGUUCCAUGCUCAAAUGUUUCCAUUUGACGGUAAAAACUUCCAGCUGGUAUGGACUGGGUAGAAACUCUGAGAGAGAAAAACAGAAAGGUGAGACUGACAAAAAAAAAAAAAAAAAAAAAGACAGAAAAAAGAAAGAGAAGUAAGGUGGGAAUAUGAUGAGGAUGAAGGAAAUGAAGACAAAAACAGACAAAAGGAAAGAAAGACAGAAGGUAGAAGAGAAAAAAGAGAGAAGAAGAAGAAGAGGGGGGAGACAAUCUUGCAUCUGACUGAGCUGACAAACACUUUCCACUCCUGUGGAUGCUGUGCAGUGUGUAUUACUUGAAGGCUGCACGUGUGUGUGUAUAUGUGUGAGUGUGAGUGUGUGAAGCCAUAGGCAAGAUGGGGGGACAGAAUGGUGCCGUAUGGUUUUCAUAACUCUCUGAGGGUUUUCAAUUCUACCUCCCGCUCUCCUCCUCCUCCUCCUCCUCCUCCAUCAACCCCAUCCAGCUUCCCCCUAUACACUCACACACUUUACCAGCCCCCUCUUCCAAAAACACACAAUUCUUUUUCCUCUACGUAGCCUCCCCCCCUUUCCACCCUCCCCCCUCUUUCCUUCUUUCUGAGGUUCAGUCAGAAAGCCAGCUUUGCAGAGGCAAGAGAGCCCCGGCAGGAUCAGAUACAGGAGACAUCACAUUCAAACUGGACUUUAUUUAACUUUUCUGGACUCCGGUGAAUGGGAAGAUUGCUGUUUUCAAUUGUUUCAAAUUCUGGACUCUACUGAUAAUUCACUGGACUUUGGACUGUAGGUUCCUGGAUUUAACUGGACUUUUUAGAGGAUUUGGUUGAAUGGCAUUGAUUUCACAUAGUAUCUACUGAAACUCACAGCAGCAGUCGUGGCAGUCUGCGGAUGAAUGGACUAAUUCUGCACAAAUUUAAAUGAAAGCAAGCAGAUGUCAACUUUGAACUCUCAUACCUUAAAUUUUGUUUUAAAGUUAAAGUGAGUAGAUUAUUUAUUUGAAUAAGCAGAGGAGGUACGAUACCGUUUGUAAAUUAUAUUGAAUUUCAGGUACUUUGAAUUGUUUUGCACAGGUUGUCAGAGAAGAAAACAGAUUUGGUUAGGUUAUUUAUGUGGUUUUGCAGACUCACUUUAAUGUUGGCCUAGUUUAGAGCUUGGUGGAGAAUGAAAAAGCCCAUCAGGAGCAGUAGCAGUAUGAGUCUCCUGUGUGUCCUGUGGCUUCUGGUACUCUGUGUGGCUCCUGGAAGCCGAGGCCAGAGGCCGAGGGAGACGGAGGAGGAUCAGGCAGCAGGAAGGGCUCAGCUAGCGGAGAGGGAUGCAGUCUGCCACCAGGAGGGAUGCUACUCCGUCUUCCUCCAGAAGAGGACCUUCAGGGAGGCUGGGAGGAGCUGCCGGGAGCGAGGUGGGACCCUGGCAACCAUGCAUAACUACGAGGAAGCGGGUGUGGUCCAUGAGCUUCUGUCAGACAUCGAUCCACAGGGGAAGUCACGGCUCCGGCUCUGGAUUGGGCUGCACAGACCACCUCGCCAGUGCUCAUCCACCAGACCUCUGAGGGGAUUCGUCUGGGUCACAGGAGACCAGGAUGGCCAGUACACCAACUGGCUCCGUGAGGAAACCGCUGGGACUUGUGCAGCCCCUCGCUGUGUGGCCAUGACUGUCCACAUGUCAGACAGCGGAACUGAGAGCAAUGAUAAUUUCCGCUGGGUGGACGGCUCAUGUGGCUUGGCUUUGGAUGGAUAUAUUUGCCAGUAUAACUUCAAAGGAAUGUGCACACCACUAGAGGAUGAAGGCAGUGGCCCUGCUGUCUACACCACCUCAUUUCACCUUGUCAGCACCCUGCUGACGCACAUACCAUAUGGGUCUGUAGCCGCCGUGCCAUGCCCCCCAGAUAGUUCAGACCCAGAGGCUCCUGCUGAGGAGACUGUGCUGUGCAUGGAGAGAGAUGAUCAAACCGUGGGCUGGUCCAGGGAUGGACCCCUCUGCUCAGCCAACACAGAUCCACAAGACUGGUGUGAAGACCAUCAGUGUGAGCAUUACUGUCAGAGCACAGACACGGGCUACUACUGCUACUGCUCUGAAGGCUUUGUUCUCAGUGAUGACAUGUAUAGUUGUAAGCCUGACCCCUUAAGUCCAACGGAUCCACCUGAGCUGUCCUCUGAUUCUGCAGGCCCCACAGACCAGCCUCACAUGAAAGAGGUGUGUGUAGAUAUGGGCUGUGAGUACGACUGUAUGGAGACAUCACGCGGCAUCCGGUGCACAUGCCCACCAGGAUACCAAAUGGGUAAAGAUGGGCGUAAGUGUUCUGAUGUAGAUGAGUGCCAACAGCAUCCGUGCCCACAAGCUUGUGUCAACAUCCCAGGCACCUUUCACUGCACCUGCCAUUCUGGGUACCAGCAGGAUGACGAGGGUGAAUGUGUGGAUGUGGAUGAGUGCCUCGACGAGGGCAGCUGCGAGGGUACCUGUGAAAACACAAUCGGUUCUUUUAAGUGCCAGUGUAACCCAGGUUAUGAGUUAGGAGCCAACGGAGAGUGUGUGGAUGUGGAUGAGUGCACAGGCGAGUCGCCCUGUCAGCAGCAGUGCCUCAAUUACAUGGGAGGUUACCAGUGUUACUGUGACCAUGGUUACGACCUGCAGUCAGAUGGUCUUAACUGUCAACCUUCACCUGAUGAUGAAGAAUAUUCCACUUUGACCCCUGACCCAAGUGACUCUGCGUAUAUACCUGACUUGGACCCUGACCACGAUAUCCCCUGGGCCACCUCUUUCACACCUGACACGAACUUUGAAGCUGACACUAACUUUGAUGCUCAGUGGCUGACACAAGCUCCUGAUAUGGAUCACGGGUCAGAUAAUUAUCUGAACCAAUGGGAUGCACUGGAACCUAGAAAAUAUCACACAGCCCCUACCCCAACACAAAAAUACAGCACGGGCAACGAAAUUGGUAAUGAGGCUGAAGCUAAACCAGGUGUUGGGGAAAGUAGUGGUGGUGUGGGAGCUGAAACUGCAAGAGGAUCUGGGUCAACCUCUGGGACUGGGGAGGGGAUGGGGACAAAGAUGGAUGAUACAGAGACUGUCAGUGGCUCAGCAGAUGCAGGAACUGGAUCUAAACGAAAACAGGACAAGAGCUGGCUGCUGGUGGCCCUGCUGGUGCCACUGUGUGUGUUCCUUGUGGUGAUGCUGGCCCUGGGGAUCGUUUACUGCACCAGCUGUGCCGUUGACAAAAGCCUGAGCUUCUCAGACUGCUAUCGCUGGAUACUCCCCACAACGCCCCCCGACAGGAGGGACGGCAAAACCCGAGCAUGAACCCUUAAAUAAACAAACACAGGUGCGCACACGCGGAGAUGUGUCGAAUGUCCAGAUGUUUGGAAAUUCAUCUAGUCGUGCGAGACCCGCCACUAAACCUACCAUUUGGAUAAGUAACAACCACUCAUUGCAAACAACUUUGUACUUUCUGUUCCACACCUUUUGUAAAUAAUUCACUCACUCAUCAUGUUUUUAGAUUUCAAUAAAAUCAACAAAGUGAAA